AUGGAAGGAGGUUUCCGCCAACAGCCAAGGCUUACAGGAGGCCCUCGUAGGGGAGAGCUGGUCCAGAACCGGAGCCACCUCUACAACUUUCUGCUCUUCAAGAUUGUCCUCUUCAACCACUGGGUGACCGGGUUGUCACAGGAGGCCAAGGGCUCAGGCUGCAGGCAGAGCUGCCUGCCCCCGGUCACAGCCUGCCGGGUGGGGCAGGCUCUGCGUGCCGGGCUGGCGCUGAUAGCCACCCCAGUGUGGUUGGCGCUGUGGGUGCCCAGGCUGGUGUGGGGCAGUGUGCUGGGCUGUGUCCGCGUCAUGGGCCUGCACCCAAGGAAGUGGCUGGGCCUGCCCACAGCCACCUGGACAAACCUGCUUGUGUCGUGUCUGCACAGCCUGAUGCUGGUGGCCUUGCUGCUGCUGCUGCUGGCCUGGAGGCUGGGCCGGGUGCUCCACCGCUUCAGCCUGGGCCAGCUGUCCAGCCAGGCCCUGCUGGAGAACCGCGUGGCGCUGAGCCUGGGGGCACUGUUCAAGCGUCUGUCUUGGAGGGUACAGAGCGUGGCCCUCCUUACGUCCUGGCGCCUGGCCUACCUCGUCACCUGGGCCACCUGCCUCGCUUCCCACUUGCUGCAGGCUGCCUUUGAACACACAGUCCAGUUGGCCCAGGAGGCUGAACUCCAGGAGGCCUCGGGGCCCCUGCUGGAGGCCCGAUGCCCUAAGCCCCUGACCCUUGAGGCUGGGCCAACCCUGCCCGAGCUGGAAAUCCCUGGAGAAUAAAUGUGUCCCCAUCAGCA